AUGGACACUCCNUCUAUUUCUCCCCUCAGUACCACCUCGAGGACUGCUAUUCCUUCAGCCAUCGAUCCGAUCCCGCUACAGCUCCAGCCCGUCGAACAGCCCGACCAGAUAGACCAAGUCGACCAAAGCGACGGGAGCAGCAGUCUGAGCGACUAUGACGCCGAGUUCGACGAUCAAGACCAGAGAGACAACAACGACCGAGACUCCGAAGCAGAGACCGAACGUCUCGAACGCUCUCCCAUCAAAUCAUGGAUCCCCUCUCCGACAAAACUAAUCCAACAAGAAGUCCACUCUGAGCCUGCCUCCUCGCCUGCUCCUCCACCCCAGUCGCCCUCACCCACACAAGCUCGCCUAGCCUCUCCCACAGUCAUCGCAGGCAGAAAACGCAAAAGACCGAGUCCCAUCAGCGACGCCGACAGCCCUCUCUCUGAGCAUUCCGACUCCGAGGAAGCCCUGGCUCUCAGUCACAGCAAUCAUGUCGAUCAGCUCCCUGAGAGUCGACAAGAAACACCAGAGCCCAACGACGAAGUCGACGAGAACCCUUAUAUCUCGCCCAUGAAGGCUGCUCGCUUGAAGAGAGCAAAACAAAAAUCCAAAGCCAUUCGCGAUAUUUCUCCUGCCGCUCAAACCAUCGGGAAUGAGCUUGAAGACGACGACGCCGACGAGCCGAACGAUGGUGAUGACGAGACGAGAAAGCGGGCCACUGAAGCCUUCACAGCCAUUGUCGAGCAGUUCCAAACCUUCCGUACCAACGAACGCCUGGCUUCAGCAGAGACCGAACUGGAACAGCUCAGUCUGCCGAAUGCGACCCACCCCGAUUUCCUCGCUAUGUUGCAAUGCAUCACUGCUCGACGCGAUACCAAGAUUCAGCAAGAGAUAACACUGCACCGUUACAAGCUUGGUACUCUUCGAAAUCAGGUGCUUGCAGAGCGCGCUCAGCUGCAUACCCAAUACUUCCAGGAAGCAAGAGAGCUACGCGACUCACUAUUGGAGCAGCUAGGAAAGCAAUGGUAUGACAUACAAAAAGAGCGUCGCCAGUUCCAGGCCGACCAACAGGAUCAGUAUUCGUACAAGUUUCCUACAAAGCGCUCCGACCAGGUGCGCAACCAGGAAAAGUACAAUCGCGAAGUCUCAAUCUUGUCUGGUAUGGCCAAGUACCGAGGCUUCCCUGCUGCGCCAGAUAUUCAAGGCGCACGGACGAACGAGCUUGACGAUGACUUCAAGGCCAUGCACAUUCCACGCAGACAAACGUUACCUCAACAGCAAGGCCCCGCUUACCAGAAUCCUGUGCAUAUGCAUUCGGCUCCUGCAUCAGUACGUACUGCCGAGGAGAGAUUCAUAGAGCAGACUCCUUGGGCCAAUCCUCAGCAUCCUUUGCAUCACCAAUCGCGGACCCCUGGCCCAUUUGGCGCAUAUGGUAUGCAUCUCCAACCGAACAUGAUGCGCCAGGUCUCCGCUCCGGGCCAGCGUACUGCUUCUCCUUUCACUACACCUCUACCAAAUCCGGCAAAGCGUGCCGAUUACCCACAGAACGGUCUUGGCUCUAACGACACCAUUGGCAUUCCCAGUGACCCUCCUUCCAGUGCGGUACCACAGACUGGAGAACGAUUCGCACAAGGCCCGCCAGGUGAUGUUUCCCCGACCGAUCAGCUCAAAGUUCGCUCAGCUAUAGGCAAUCCACUCAACAACCGUGGAGACAGGCGAGAUUUCUCAGGAUUAUCCAGCGCAUCAACUAUCGAGACACCUAGUGACCCAGCCGAGGUAGAUCGUCAUGGCGCACCAUCACAUACAAGCGCAGCACAAAACGGGUUGCCUCUGCAACUUCCUGUUGAACACUCUGCUCCCCAGCAGGCUUUCGUCACGAGCGCGUUGCAUACUCAGAAUGGGAAGCCAGAAGAUCGUAAGCCAGACCUUUAUGAGAACAUCAACUACAGAAGGCCGCAACUAGGAGCGUUUGGCACGCCCAUGCCUCUGUUCGGAACCAACUCUCCUGCGCACCAAGAUGGCCAGAAAGCAUCAUAG